AUGAUGUAUAGAAUAUCUUUCGUCGUGUAUAAUGCAAUUACCCUAAAGUUAAGGUAAUCGGUAAACUAUAGUACGUUUUGAAAUCCCAGAUAGUCUUCUAUUGUCAUACCUUCGAUUAUUUAUAUACAAUUAUCAUCUUUGCAUCGUCUGGAAUAUUGUUAAAUUUCGAGUUAUGUGAUCUACUUUUUACCCUGUUGUCUCAGUAGUUUUCAAGCCGUCAUAAAUUUCGUUUAAUCGGAUAUCUCUCGUCUCGAUUUUAUGUCCGCAAUCAAUAUGCUAUUGUGAGUCAGUUUCUUUCCAAGGUGGCCAGUCUGAUGCAGUUUAAAAUUAAGUAAUUCGAUGAUAACUCGAAUUUGCUUGGUCGAUUGGUUAUGCAGGUCCAUCCUCAUUGACAAUUUUAUUAAAUUUAAUUUUUAAAGUCACGAUAUAAAUGUAAUUUGAAUAUAAUAAAACGAGAUACAACAAUUUAAAUAUUUUAAAAUCGAGCUGUGUAAAAGUAAUUUUGUCCCUGUGUAUUUAAAUUAAAUUGUAACAUUAAAUUUCCAUUUCAACAAACAAGACAAUAAAGUAACAACCAAAUUCUCUCUUAUUCUCGAUAACAGUAUAAAUAAGAGCAAACAUUGAUCUGUGAUUGCAACAAAUUUAUUAGUAAUCCGUUUAUAAAUAUCUGCAAAAAGGGAAGAGUAAUUUUAAAAACGUGUUCAACUGUAGUAACGGAAUGAUUUAACUGAUCAUGAAUACUUACAACGAACGCGCAAUGGAAUUUGUUCACGUUGCAUAGAUUUCAUUAUAAUUACCAGUCCCUGCAAUUUUAAUUUACACUGUCGAGGACGUCAGCAUUUCCUUUGAAUUGCCUUAAAUUUCGUCGUUUUUCACUUAGUUAAUUGAUACUUGCUAGGCUCGCGACAACGUGUAUCCUAGUUGAAAUAUAUCUUUUCUAUUAGUCAUUGCUUCUGUUGUGUACAUAAAACGGUACUUUGAUCACGUAAUAUGAAAUGUGUGAAGAAAAACUGUAACGUUAUUUAACACGUUAAAUACGAUGUGUUAGCUUUGGAAAAACAUUUCAGUCUAACGUUUCUCGCAAGGACGGAAAUAAUAUUGUUGGAAGACCGAUUAGAAAGUGUUCUGUUAAAGCAUAAAGUUCAGGGGAAAAAUGGAAUACGUUGGCUAGCGAUAAUUACAUGACUUGAAGAUCCUUCUCGAAAUAUUGUUUCUUUUUCUUUUUUUAUUAUAAAAAUCAACAGUAUACGAAAAUUAAACACAUGAUUCGCCAUGAAAUGUGAAUCAGUUUUAAAUAUCAUUUAUCAAUUAACAUUUAUCUGUAAAUAAUUAAUUUAUUUAUUAGAGAUUCAAGAAAAAUAAUAUGUUGAAUAAAGAUACGUGUUUGAAGAUGAACAUAUUCUUAAUUUGUUAUGUCCUUCAUAUUUGUGUUAAACUUUUAGACUAUUGAUAAUUUUAACGAACGCUUAAAGAGUUAAUUAUAAUAAAUUUGUUCAUCAAUUUGAAAGGAUUCUCUCUAGCUUGAUGAGCUAAACUCCUCGUAUAAUGAAUCCCCUUCUAUUUAUAAUUCCGUAAGUGAAUUGCAUUCUAUUAAAAAUAACUGUUCACAUACUUUUGAAUGGUAAUGAGAAUGAAUAGAUUCAACGCACGUGAUACUUUGUUAUCUGUGAUCAAACGUGCAUUGUCUCCAGUUGACAAUUAUUUGCAUUCCUUGUAAAUUCUUGUGAAGCACGUUAAUUUCCAACACCGUUAUUUCAGAACUAUUUUCCGCGCGUCUGGCUACUUGUUUCCCUUUCUUUCCCAUUUUUUUCCAAACUGCCAAGCUUAUGCAACACAUUUUCCGUGUUGUAUCCGCGUUUCUGAUCGAGAAUAACAAGCGAUUUGUUCUUUAUACUUUGAACGUGGAAACUUGAUUAUUCGAACGAAUUACAUAUUUCGAGCAAAGAUAGAAAUUUGUAAAUUUUUUUACAUCGACCAACAUUACAUUAACGUUCCAAUACUGAAGAAACUGGUUUCUUUAAUUGAUCUUAUAAUCGAGGUUCAACCUUAAUUCUAUGUUUGUAAAGGCGUACGAAGCUAAAUACUGUGCAUUCAAACAGGUAUAAUAUAAUUCUAUCAGACAAUUUGCAUUCAUUAUGUAAUUGGCGGAUUAUGUGCCAGAUUCCUGUAAUGUUAGGUAAAAUGAUACACAUGCAUAAUGCUAGGCCUGUCGAUCACUCGGAACAUUCUUGUUGAUUGAGUCGGUGUGAUCGUGAAUCAUACAAAUGCUGUAUAGAUGUAUACAGCAUUUGUUAAUAGCUGUCGUUUGAAUUUAAAAAUAUUUGGACAACGUUGGCAGCGGUGUUUAUGGAAUAACCUGUGAACUAUACGAAAUAAUACGUAUUUAAUUUAUUUUAGGAACAGAUGUCGUGAAAUAAAUUCAGUAGAGCACCGGUUGUCAUCGGACGAGGUGGCCGAGUGGUUAAGGCGUUGGACUGCUAAUCCAAUGUGCUCUGCACGCGUGGGGAGGAACGUGACUUCCGGAUUCGAUUUGAAGCAGCUUCUUUUACGAAGGAUACCGAUCCUCGCAUGGCUGCCGCGGUACAGUUUGUCCAAACUUUUGCAAGACGUUUUGGCAGGAUUGACCGUUGGCUUGACUGCUAUACCACAGGGUAUAGCAUACGCAAUUGUGGCCGGACUUCCAGCACAGUACGGCCUCUACAGCAGUUUCAUGGGAUGCUUCGUCUACCUGGUGUUCGGUAGCUGCAAAGACAUCACGGUGGGACCCACGGCAAUAAUGGCUUUACUCUCGCAAAAUCAUGUUAUAAGACUUGGAGAUGAUAUCGCGGUGCUUCUGUGCUUCCUGACAGGCUGCGUGAUCACGUUCAUGGGGUUGCUCCAUUUGGGAUUUCUUGUAGAAUUCGUUAGCAUGCCAGUGAUCUCUGGAUUCACUAACGCAGCUGCCAUAAUAAUUGGAACGUCUCAGCUGGGCACGUUGCUCGGCCUGAGUGGCAGAAGCGAUUCGUUUGUCGACGCAGUUGCUAAAGUUGUCAAUCAUAUAAAUGAAGUGACCCUGUGGGACCCUCUGCUAGGAGCCUGCUCGAUGAUCGUCCUCGUUUGCCUCAAAAGAUUACCUGGGAAGAAGACCGGCACGCCGUUGCAAAAAUUCAUGUGGGUAACGUCGUUGGCCAGGAAUGCGGUGGUCGUCAUUGUUGGAAUAGUAUUGAGCUAUUCGUUGUUCUCUUACGGUGUCAAACCGUUUCAAAUUACUGGAAACAUAACGGAGGGUUUGCCCCCGUUCUCACCGCCGCCAUUCUCCCUUGUCAAAGGAAAUCACACGUAUAACUUCGAGGAGUUAAUCGGUGAACUGGGAGGCACUGUCAUCUUAGUGCCGUUUAUCGCAAUUUUGGAGAGCAUUGCCAUUGCCAAAGCUUUUGCCAAAGGGAAGACCGUUGAUGCUAAUCAAGAGAUGCUGGCUUUGGGACUUUGUAACAUUUUCGGGAGCUUUUCUCGAUCAAUGCCAACCACAGGAAGCUUUACAAGGACCGCCGUAAACAACGCUUCGGGUGUAAAAACACCGAUGGGCGGUGUAAUUACUGGAUGCCUGGUGCUUUUAGCGUGCGGCCUUCUGACCUCGACUUUCGAAUUCAUCCCGAAAGCAACGCUCGCUGCAGUGAUUAUAGUCGCCAUGUACUACAUGCUUGAACUUCAUAUUUUCACCGUGCUUUGGAGAACGAAGAAAAUUGACUUGAUACCUUUGACGGUGACUUUGUUGAGCUGCCUGGCAAUUGGUCCAGAAUACGGCAUGAUUGCUGGGAUCGCGGUAAAUCUAAUUCUGCUGCUCUAUUUCGCGGCCAGGCCUGGCUUAUUGAUCGAGGAACGUGUUGUCGAUGGGCUGACGAUCCUAUUUGUAUCGCCGAAACAAUCACUGAGUUAUCCAGCUGCGGAAUACCUUCGUGAACGGGUGAUGUCGUCGUGUGACGGCAAAACCAUCCCCGUGGUAGUGGAAGGCCGUCACGUGCUUAGAAUCGAUGCGACCGUCGCCAAGAACCUCACUUUGCUUCUGACCGACUUGGAGGCGAGGGAUCAGAAGCUGGUCUUCUGGAAUUGGUGCGAGGAAGCCAAGAGAACUUUGAUAAGCUACGACGCCUCCCUGGCCAUGUCCUUCAGAAGUUCCGGCAGCAUAGCUCAGAUAUUUUCAGCUAGAGCCGCGUCGCCUCAUGUCCCACGCGAGUGAAAUUCUGGAUCUAAUGAAUGCGCGGGACACUUUCCUUGUGGAAUGUGCUCCACCGACGAAAGAGCCACCGUUUUCGCUUUUCAGACCGAUUCACCGUUUCAACGCGAACGCAACGUUGAACGUGUUUUAUUUAAACGACGGAACGCGGCCUCGGUCAAGAUUAAUCCUCCGUGGAGCUUCGGUCGCCUUCAAUUUGCCUUUCGAUGCCUCAAGAUCCAUUGAAAUUGCUCGAACCCGGGGCUGUAGGGUAAGUGCUAUUUCAAACAGCAUCUCGACCGAUCGUUUUACGAGGCUAAGAUGGCUAGAGAUCGUGCCUUUUAACGCUUUAUGGGGAAUUUAAUGGGAUAAAAGCAAUACGGUUUUUAUGUCUGUGCAAGAGGAAGAGAUGAAUUUGAACCGGCACAUGAAACGAUGAUAUUUUUUCACGUUGUGAAACUCGCGCAAUUUCGACUGAAACGUAUUGUCAUAUUCUUUUGUACAAAGUAUUGGAUUAUAAACUUGUAACGAGGAUUUAAUUCAGAGCUUGAUUCAAGGAUCUGCAUUAUCAAUUUAGCAAGUAUAAUUCUCUAAUAAUGUACAAUUCUCAGUACGCAAUUUUUGCAUUCGUAUUAUUUUGUCUGAAGUUGAUUUGCUUCUUUUUCUUCUUUUUUUUUUUU